CCAAACUCUUUUUUCUAAUUGGGCUUCAUUUUUGCCCAUUACACCUCCGAGAAACCCAUUAUAAAAAACCGCAAACUAGGGUUUCUAUAAAUCCUCAAAUUCUAAACUUCACCAGCAGCAGUCAUCUCCAAGGAGGAAGUCGCCGCCGAUCGUGAAAAUGCCGUCCCACAAGUCUUUCAUGAUCAAGAAGAAGCUGGCGAAGAAGCAGAGGCAGAACAGGCCUAUUCCUUACUGGAUCCGCAUGAGGACCGACAACACCAUCAGGUACAACGCGAAGCGCAGGCACUGGAGGCGUACCAAGUUAGGAUUUUGAGGUGGAUGGCUUGGAGUUCUCUUCAAGGUUCCAUUGAAAAAUUUAUGGUUUUUUUGGUUACUUACCGUCUUGUUUAGUAGGAGCUUAUUUCUGAAACGAAAUCUAGUAGAGUUGAUUUCUACAGAUGUUUUCGUGAAAUAUUUUGGAGCUGAUUUUAUGUAUUGAAUGAAUAUUUUUGGAUCUACUAUCUUUGAUUGAUGCAUUUUUAGAAUUGGAAUUGGUGCACUGGA